AACGUGUCAUGGAUAUAUCAUAUCAAAACUUGAACUUAAUACAAAUAUAUUCUACAAAUCAUACUUGUAACAGCUAUUAGUUUUAACAAUCCAAAAAAAAAGUUGGCAAGAAUCAUGACAUGGAUAUCAAUAUUUACUGGGAAAUCGGGAUAUGCGGCAUCUUCAACAGCAGAAGAUGUUACUCAAGGAAUUGAUGGAACUGGUCUCACUGCUAUUGUUACUGGAGCUACAAAUGGUAUUGGCUUAGAAACCGCACGCGUGUUUGCCUUACGUGGGGUACAUGUAGUUAUGCCAGUCAGGAAUCUCGAAGCGGGUAAAAAGGUCCAACAAGGCAUUGUUGAGAAAAUCCCCAAUGCCAAAGUUGAGGUGAUGGAGUUAGAUGUCAGCUCAAUGGAAUCCACAAGACAAUUUGUGUCACAAUAUUGUUCCAAGGGACUUCCAUUGAACAUCUUAGUUCUCAAUGCAGGGAUAAAGACUCCUACAUUUGAUCUUAGCAAAGACGGCAUAGAACUGCAUUUUGCAACCAACCAUCUUGGUAACUUCCUUUUGACAAACUUAUUGUUGGAUACCAUGAAAAAGACCGCAACUGAAAGUGGUAUAGAAGGAAGGAUAGUCAUUGUUUCUUCAGAGGUUCAUAAGUUUUCCUACAAAGAAGGAAUUAAGUUCGAUAAACUCAACGAUGAGAAGACCUAUAACUCACUGUAUGCUUAUGGGCAAUCAAAGCUUGCUAAUGUCUUGCACGCAAAUGAGCUCUCAAGACUAUUACAGGAAGAGGGAGCGAAUAUCACUGCCAAUUCGUUGCACCCUGGACUCAUUAGAACCAACCUUGUACGUCAUGGCAUCUUGUCUAUCUUCUUAGACACAUUCCAGAGUUUCUUGAAGAACAUUCAGCAGGGAGCAGCAACAACAUGCUAUGUAGCAUUGAACCCACAACUUAAGGGUGUUAGUGGCCAGUAUUUUGUGGAUAGCAACUUGUCUAAACCAACAGCGUAUGCCCGUGACCCAGAAUUUGCAAAGAAACUCUGGGAUUUCAGUUUGAAGUUGACCGAGUCGAUCUAAUUAAUUAUUAGUAAUCUUGGAAUAAGCUUCAUCUAUCAUAUAUACCCAUUUUCUUUGUAACUUCCACUCAACAAAUCGAUUAUGUAUGUAACUAUAUUUUGUUCAA